GGACCCAAAUGCUGGGAUGAAAAGAAACCCAGGACACCCGCUGCCGGGAGGUUACCGAAAACCUCCCUCCAUCCUCACGGAGCACUGGGGGGCGCCUCCAGCUUCUCCGCCCCCGCCGGGACCUCAGGCCCAGAGGAGGGAGGGGUGGGCGUCCUGCUCCAUGUGGGCCCGCCCACCGGCCCAUCUGCAUGGUCCCAGGGGGGCGGGCCGCCGGUGACGUCACGCAGGGAAUACCUGCGCGGCGGGGCGGAGGCCCGGCUGAGAGCGCCCCUGCGCCGGCGCAGGCUCUGUGGUCCCGGGCUCCUGCCCCGCGAGCUGCCGUCGCGAUGUACGACCCCGAGCGCGGCUGGAGCAUGUCCUUCUCGGGCUGCGGCUUCCUGGGGUUCUACCACGUCGGGGUGACCUGCUGCUUGGGAGAGCGCGCCCCGCACCUCCUCCGCGACGCGCGCAUGUUCCUCGGAGCCUCGGGUGGGGCGCUGCACGUCGUCAGCUUCCUCUCGGGCAUGCCGCUAGAGCUGAGGGUCCAGAUCCUUAUCAAAAUUUCCCGGAGCGCCAGGAGCCGGAACAUUGGGAUCUUCCACCCGUCCUUCAAUCUGGACAGGCAAAUCCGAGAAGACCUGCACAGGCACCUCCCAGGCAACGUCCACCAGCUCAUCUCCGGGAAGAUAUGCAUCUCGCUCACCAGAGUGUCCGAUGGGGAGAACGUGAUGGUUUCUGACUUUCGGUCCAAAGACGAAGUCGUGGACGCCUUGAUGUGUUCCUGCUUCAUCCCUUUCCUCAGUGGUCUAAUGCCGCCUUCCUUCAGAGGCGUGCGAUACGUAGAUGGAGGAUUGAGUAACAAUAUACCCUUCUUUGAUGCGAAAACUACCAUCACAGUGUCCCCCUUCUAUGGGGAGUUCGACAUCUGCCCCAAAGCCACAUCCACAAACUUUCUUUACAUGGACUUCGCCAGGCUCAGCCUGCGCCUCUGCUCGGAGAACGUCUACCUGGUCAUCCGAGCACUGUUCCCUCCGGAUCUCAAGGUGCUUGGAGAGAUAUGCCUUCGAGGGUAUUUAGACGCAGUCAGGUUCUUGGAGGAGAAUGGCAUCUGUGACAGGCCCCAUCUAUACCAGAAUUUAUCUUCCGAAGAGCCGGAGGUCCUCGCGCCCCUCUGGGAACACAUGAGCCUGGGGUCUGCCCCGGGGGUGACGAGUCCUGAGGGAGAAGAGCUGCUGGACCACCUGCGUCUCAACAUCCCGCGCUGGGACGAGAGCAUCCUGGAGACCCUGUCGCCCACGCUCACCAUGGCACUGAGUGAAGCACUGAAACCCCAAGGUGGAUACAUGAGCAAGUUUUGCAACUUCCUACUGAUUAGGGUGAUGUCCUAUGUCAUGUUGCCCUGCACGCUGCCUCUGGAGUCCGCGAUCGCUGCGGUCCAGAGACUGGUGACCUGGCUUCCAGACAUUCCUGAUGACAUCCAGUGGCUGCAGUGGCUGACCUCCCAGAUUUGUUCUCAAGUGAUGACACGUCUGCUCCCCGCUUCCAGAUCCCAGGCGCCGGUAAGCAGCCAGCAGCCCUCUCUGCAGAAACCAGAACACAGUGGGCACUGCUGGGCUCCCCACUCGCCUGCGGACCUGGGUACCGCCCUGCGGACUGUCCACUAGAGACCAAAGCGGAGGCUGCCCGGUGGUCCAUCUUCCAGUGUAGCCUAACCUUCUGGGGCAGCGGUGUCUGCUGGGGCGGGGAGGGCUUCCUCUUUCCCCGUGUUUCCAGGAGAGAAGAGUUUCUGAGUCAUUUGAGGAGGCAAGUCUAGCAUGUUCUUUCAGAGGUGCCAGACUAUCCCCAUCUUUGCGCAGCCACCUCCGCGCUGCCUUUAGUGCCCCAGGUCUGCAACCUGCAGGAUCCGGCCUCUGCUGAAUACAUAGUUUACUGAAACCAAAGGCAAUCAAUUUGUAAUCAUGAAAAGCUAGUAAGCUCCGUGGGGUGUACGUGGUGGUCCAGAGCUCGAGGAAACCUGCUAUUUCAGCAUCUGAGUCUGUCAGCUCGGUUGGUUGAGAAACGGCUGCAGGAAGCCCAGCAUGGAGGGCCCAUUGCUGACUCGGUUCGCAGUGUCUCAGCUGUCAUCCUGUUUCUAGGGUGGUGGCCGGUGUUUGGAUGGAGGGGGACCUGGGGCUGGGGCUGGGCUGCCCUUUGUGCAGUCAGGGGGUUUGGAAGGAAGAGAGAAGGGCGCCCCCAUCUACCCGUCCAGGAAUCAUCGGUCAGUGCGGUGGGAGGGGUUGCCCUCCUUCUCCAAGGAGGAUCCGGCCUCUGCUGAAUACAUAGUUUACUGAAACCAAAGGCAAUCAAUUUGUAAUCAUGAAAAGCUAGUAAGCUCCGUGGGGUGUACGUGGUGGUCCAGAGCUCGAGGAAACCUGCUAUUUCAGCAUCUGAGUCUGUCAGCUCGGUUGGUUGAGAAACGGCUGCAGGAAGCCCAGCAUGGAGGGCCCAUUGCUGACUCGGUUCGCAGUGUCUCAGCUGUCAUCCUGUUUCUAGGGUGGUGGCCGGUGUUUGGAUGGAGGGGGACCUGGGGCUGGGGCUGGGCUGCCCUUUGUGCAGUCAGGGGGUUUGGAAGGAAGAGAGAAGGGCGCCCCCAUCUACCCGUCCAGGAAUCAUCGGUCAGUGCGGUGGGAGGGGUUGCCCUCCUUCUCCAAGGAGGAUCCGGCCUCUGCUGAAUACAUAGUUUACUGAAACCAAAGGCAAUCAAUUUGUAAUCAUGAAAAGCUAGUAAGCUCCGUGGGGUGUACGUGGUGGUCCAGAGCUCGAGGAAACCUGCUAUUUCAGCAUCUGAGUCUGUCAGCUCGGUUGGUUGAGAAACGGCUGCAGGAAGCCCAGCAUGGAGGGCCCAUUGCUGACUCGGUUCGCAGUGUCUCAGCUGUCAUCCUGUUUCUAGGGUGGUGGCCGGUGUUUGGAUGGAGGGGGACCUGGGGCUGGGGCUGGGCUGCCCUUUGUGCAGUCAGGGGGUUUGGAAGGAAGAGAGAAGGGCGCCCCCAUCUACCCGUCCAGGAAUCAUCGGUCAGUGCGGUGGGAGGGGUUGCCCUCCUUCUCCAAGGAGGGUACUGCCGGGGAGGGGGCAUUAACAUAACUUGUUUGAAUUUGGGGACACCUUCUUGACCUAGCCUAAAUAUUUGAUAAAGAGUUUUGUAGGAAAUGUAAGGAAAUCUUAUGAUCUGUUGAAUUACGUAUUACGGGAAUCACUGAGAUGUUAACAGAAGAAGCCUUAGACAUUCACCCUGGCCUCCAGGCCGGGCCAACACAACAGAAGAGCUUCUGCCUGUGCUGCUUUUGUCUCACCCCCGCCUUCCCCUUGUCCUCUGUCCUCGAGCAGCCUUAACAGAGGCAAGCGCGGCACAGGGCCCUACCCUCUCCCCAGGUGGGGGGAUGUGUUGGCAGGCACCGUGGAAUAUGACUCAAGGUGAAAUGUGUGUGUCUGUUUUUCUCACUUAAGCAUUCAAAUUUAAGAAGUAUAACAAAAAGGACAAUGAUAAGCUCAAAAUCCUAAAUGUUGGCACAGAAAGCUGCUCCUUUCACCUACAUUGUGUAAGUAACCUAGAGUCGAACCAGUAAGUUCAGACCAAGUGCUUUAUGCAAAGUAAAGAAUGUGGCUCUAGGAGCAAGCUCUAUAUAAACCGCGUGCUCUUGUGCCAUGCUGCCAUCUUGAAUUCCCAGAGGGCAGGGACUGCCUGUGAAAAUACAGGGUCGUCACUUAGUGCCUAGAAGCCCUGCUUCAGGGCUCCUUGCAUCUCCAGGGGCCUCCUGUUCUGGCAGCACAUGCCUCCUAUGUGAGGUAAGGGCUGGUGGGUGGUGGGCUCCUCUGGCCACCUGAACCUCAGACCUGUCCCCUUGCUGAGCUGGCCUGGGGGUGGGAGAGGCCACGCCUGACACCCACCUGGACUCCUUGGGACACACCCUCACACCCUCCCCUGAGCCCCUGACCCUCAAGUCUGCCAGUUGGCUGUCUUCUGUCGGAACCACAGCAUAGGUCACUAGCACAUAGAACCACACUUGAGCUGUAUUUCACAAUAACCAGAAUAUUUCUGUAUAGACAUAUACACUAGUUCUGUGAUCGCUGUUAGGAAAGAAAUAUGUUAAAUGGCUGAUAGGAUUACAUGGGACUUAUUUUCCUACUACUUUCUGAAAUUGUUCAGCCUUCUUACCAUGAGCAUAUAUUUUAUAAUUUUUAAAAAUGUCUACUAAGCAGGUAUGAUACUCUUAGAAAUGGCCAAGGCUUCCUCCCCAUCUGUGCCUGCAAUGCCACCCCAUCCCCACUCCCCCUGCACCCACACCUCCCCAGCUCUGCUGGGCUUUCUUAUCAGCAGAGAAGAACAUUCUUAAGUUCCUCCUACCUUAUCAAAUACUGCCUCCCCCCCCCCCCCAUUUAUGGUAGAUUUCUGCUUUGGACUACUCCACUAUCAGGAAUAAUCAGUGUGUGGCCUAUUUAAUGCCAGGGAGCAACAGUCUUUAUUUGGUAAAUAGCAAAACUUGGUGCAGAGCACGAGCCCGGUUAAAAAAAUAAAUGCGUGGGUAUCUGUGUAUAUACAGAAGACAGAGGAUGUGAACCAAAGCGCUGACAGCGGUUAUCCUUAUGCCAUUAUCCAUAAUUAUAUUUUAUUUGUUGUGCUCAUGUAUGUUUUCCAAAUCUCUAUGGUCAACAUGGAUUACUUUCAUCAGAAAAUAACUCAUAAUAAAUGUGAUUUUUAAAACGCU